ACUAUGGAUGCUCUUGCAACAGUUGUGUUCAUCUUCUCCUAUGUAUUCUCCCUCUUAAGAAUCUCCACUGCAGUAGACACCAUAAAUGUAAAUCAACACAUUAGAGAUGGCGAGACCAUCACUUCAGCGGGUGGGACCUUUCAAUUGGGUUUCUUCAGUCCAGGUGAUUCCAAGAAUCGAUACUUGGGGAUAUGGUACAAGAAAGUGGCUCCUCAGACGGUGGUAUGGGUUGCCAAUAGAGAAAGUCCACUAACUGAUUCAUCAGGUGUUUUAAAGGUCACUCAGCAGGGAAUUCUUGUUGUGGUCAGCGGUACUAAUGGAAUUCUUUGGAAUUCUAAUUCAUCACGUUCUGCGCAGGAUCCAAACGCUCAGCUUUUGGAAUCUGGAAAUCUUGUUAUGAGAAAUGGCUAUGAUAGUGACCCAGAAAACUUCCUAUGGCAGAGUUUUGAUUAUCCAUGCGAUACUCUUCUACCAGGCAUGAAGUUUGGAAGGAACAGAGUAACAGGCUUGGAUCGGUACCUGUCAUCAUGGACGAGUGCUGAUGACCCUUCUAAAGGUAAUUUUACUUAUGGGAUUGAUCUAAGUGGAUUUCCACAACAAUUAUUGAGGAAUGGUUUAGCUGUAGAGUUUCGUGCAGGACCAUGGAAUGGUGUUCGAUAUAGUGGAAUACCUCAAUUAACAAACAACUCAGUUUAUACAUUUAAUUUUGUUUCUAAUGAAAAGGAGAUAUAUUUUAUUUAUUCUCUAGUUAGCAGCUCUGUUAUUUUGAGGCUUGUGUUAACUCCUGAUGGUUAUUCACGAAGAUUCACAUGGACUGAUCAAAAAAAUGAAUGGACUCUUUACUCAACUACACAGAAGGAUGACUGUGACAAUUAUGCAAUAUGUGGAGUAUAUGGAAUCUGUAAGAUUGAUGAAUCUCCAAAAUGUGAGUGUAUGGAGGGAUUUAGGCCAAAGUUCCAAAGCAAUUGGGACAUGGCAGACUGGUCAAAGGGAUGCGUUCGAAGUACUCCGCUGGAUUGUCAAAAGGGUGAUGGAUUUGUCAAGUACUCUGGUGUGAAACUGCCAGACACGCGGAACUCCUGGUUUGAUGAAAGCAUGAACCUUAAGGAAUGUGCUUCCCUGUGCUUGAGGAACUGCUCUUGCACUGCUUAUGCAAAUUCAGAUAUCAGAGGAGGAGGAAGUGGAUGUUUGCUCUGGUUUGAUGACUUGAUUGACAUCAGAGACUUCACUCAAAAUGGGCAAGAGUUUUAUGCAAGGAUGGCUGCAUCAGAAUCAGAAGCUUCUUCAAGCAUAAAUAGUAGCUCCAAGAAGAAGAGAAAGCAGGUCAUUGUCAUCUCUAUAUCAAUUACAGGAAUAGUUUUUUUAAGUCCAGUCCUGAUCUUGUAUGUGCUCAAGAAGAGGAAGAAGCAGCUACAGAAAAAAGAAUACAUGGAUCAUAAAUCAAAAGAAGGUGAAAACAAUGAAGGCCAAGAGCAUCUAGAUUUACCAUUAUUUGACUUGGAUACAUUAUUGAAUGCCACCAAUAACUUUUCUAGUGACAAUAAACUUGGAGAGGGUGGUUUUGGACCUGUCUAUAAGGGAAUAUUGCAAGAAGGACAAGAAAUAGUAGUAAAGAUGAUGUCAAAAACUUCUAGACAAGGAUUAAAAGAGUUCAAAAAUGAAGUUGAAUCCAUUACAAAACUUCAGCACCGAAAUCUUGUAAAGCUUCUUGGAUGUUGCAUUCAUGGCAGAGAAAGAUUGUUGAUUUAUGAAUACAUGCCCAACAAAAGCUUGGACUUGUACAUUUUUGAUCACAUGCGAAGCAGGGUACUAGAUUGGCCUAAGCGCUUCCUUAUUAUCAAUGGGAUUGCUCGAGGCCUUCUUUAUCUUCAUCAAGAUUCUAGACUCAGGAUAAUCCAUAGAGAUCUCAAAGCAGAAAAUAUUUUACUAGAUAAUGAAAUGACCCCCAAAAUUUCAGACUUCGGAAUAGCAAGAAGUUUUGGAGGAAAUGAAAUUGAAGCAAACACAACAAGAGUGGCUGGAACAUUAGGUUAUAUGUCUCCAGAGUAUGCAAGUGAAGGAUUGUAUUCCACAAAAUCCGAUGUUUUUAGCUUUGGUGUUUUGUUGCUAGAGAUUGUAAGUGGGAAGAGAAACAGAGGAUUUAGCCACCCAGGCCAUGACCUUAAUCUUCUUGGGCAUGCAUGGACACUCUAUAUAGAAGGUGGGUCUUUAGAAUUUAUUGAUACAUCAAUAGUGAACACCUGCAAUCUAUUUGAAGUGCUACGUUCAAUCAAUGUGGGCCUAUUAUGCGUACAACGUUUCCCGGAUGAUCGACCAAGCAUGCACUCUGUGAUUCUGAUGUUGGGUAGUGAGGGGGCACUACCUCGGCCCAAAGAGCCUUGUUUCUUCACUGAUAGGAAUAUGAUGGAUGCAAAUUCUUCCUCUGGUAUUCAACCCACCAUCACAUUGUUGGAAGAGACUUGGAAAGCACCUAAAAUCUCAGGCAUUUUCUAUCUAGGAACAACUAUGGAUUCUCUUACAACAGUUGCAGUUAUCUUCUCCUAUGUAUUAUCCCUCUUAAGAAUCUCCGUGGCAGUAGACACCAUAAUUGUAAAUCAAAACAUUACAGAUGGUGAGACCAUCACUUCAGCGGGUGGGAGCUUUGAACUGGGUUUCUUCAGUCCAGGUAAUUCCAAGAAUCGAUACUUGGGGAUAUGGUACAAGAAAGUGGCUACUGGGACAGUGGUAUGGGUUGCCAAUAGAGAAAGUCCACUAACUGAUUCAUCGGGAGUUUUAAAGGUCACUGAGCAGGGAAUUCUUGUUCUGGUCAACGGUACUAAUGGAAUUCUUUGGAAUUCUAGUUCAUCACGUUCUGCACAGGAUCCAAACGCUCAGCUUUUGGAAUCAGGAAAUCUUGUUAUGAGAAAUGGCAAUGAUAGUGACCCGGAAAAUUUCCUAUGGCAGAGUUUUGAUUAUCCAUGCGAUACUCUUCUACCAGGCAUGAAGUUUGGAUGGAACAGAGUAACAGGCCUGGAUCGGUACCUGUCAUCUUGGAAGAGUGCGGAUGACCCUUCUAAAGGUAAUUUUACUUAUGGGAUUGAUCUAAGUGGAUUUCCACAACCAUUUUUGAGGAAUGGUUUAGCUGUAAAGUUUCGUGCUGGACCAUGGAAUGGUGUUCGAUUUGGUGGAAUACCACAAUUAACAAACAACUCACUUUUUACAUCUGAUUAUGUUUCUAAUGAAAAGGAGAUAUAUACUAUUUAUCAUCUUGUUAACAGCUCUGUUUUUGUGAGGCGUGUGUUAACUCCUGAUGGUUAUUCACAGAGGUUCAUAUGGACUGAUAAAAAAAAUGAAUGGACUCUUUACUUAACUUCACAGAGGGAUGACUGUGACAAUUAUGCAAUAUGUGGAGUAUAUGGAAUCUGUAAGAUUGAUGAAUCUCCAAAAUGUGAGUGCAUGAAGGGAUUUAAGCCAAAGUUCCAAAGCAAUUGGGACAUGGCAGACUGGUCAAAUGGAUGCAUUCGAAGCACUCCGCUGGAUUGUCAGAAGGGUGAUGGAUUUGUAAAGUACUCUGGUGUGAAACUGGCAGACACGCGGAACUCCUCGUUUAAUGAAAGCAUGAACCUUAAGGAAUGUGCUUCCCUGUGCUUGAGGAACUGCUCUUGCACUGCUUAUGCAAAUUCAGAUAUCAGAGGAGAAGGAAGUGGAUGCUUGCUCUGGUUUGGUGACUUGAUUGACAUCAGAGACUUCACUCAAAAUGGGCAAGAGUUUUACGUAAGGAUGGCUGCAUCAGAAUCAGAUGCUUUGUCAAGCCUAAAUAGCAGCUCCAAGAAGAAGAAAAAGCAAGCCAUUGCCAUGUCUAUAUCAAUCACAGGAAUAGUUCUUUUAAGUCUGGUCUUAACCCUGUGUGUGCUGAAGAAGAGGAAGAGGCAGCUAAAGAGAAGAGGAUACAUGGAACACAAUAUUGAGGGAGAUGAAACCAAUGAAGGUCAGGAGCACCUAGAGAUACCAUUAUUUGACUUGGAUACAUUAUUGAAUGCCACCAAUAACUUUUCUAGUGACAAUAAGCUUGGAGAGGGUGGUUUUGGGCCUGUCUACAAGGGAAUACUGCAAAAGGGACAAGAAAUAGCAGUGAAGAUGAUGUUAAAAACUUCUAGACAAGGAUUAGAAGAGUUCAAAAAUGAAGCUGAAUCCAUUGCAAAACUUCAACAUCGAAAUCUUGUAAAGCUUCUUGGAUGUUGCAUUCAUGGCAGAGAAAGGAUGCUGAUCUAUGAAUACUUGCCCAACAAAAGCUUGGACUUGUUUAUUUUUGAUCAAAUGCGAAGCGUGGUACUAGAUUGGCCCAAGCGCUUCCACAUCAUCAAUGGGAUAGCUCGAGGCCUUCUCUAUCUUCAUCAAGAUUCUAGACUCAGGAUAAUCCAUAGAGAUCUCAAAGCAGAAAACAUUUUACUAGAUAAUGAAAUGAGCCCCAAAAUUUCAGACUUCGGAAUAGCAAGAAGUUUUGGAGGAAAUGAAACGGAAGCAAAUACAACAAGAGUGGCUGGAACAUUAGGUUAUAUGUCUCCAGAGUAUGCAAGUGAAGGAUUGUAUUCCACAAAAUCCGAUGUUUUUAGCUUUGGUGUUUUGGUGUUAGAGAUUGUAAGUGGGAAGAGAAACAGAGGAUUUAACCACCCAGAUCGCAACAUUAAUCUUCUUGGGCAUGCAUGGACACUCUAUAAAGAAGAUAGGUCUUCAGAAUUUAUUGAUGCAUCAUUAGGGAACACCUGCAAUCUAUCUGAAGUUAUACGCAUAAUCAAUUUGGGCCUAUUAUGUGUGCAACGUUUCCCAAAUGAUCGACCAAGCAUGCAUUUUGUGGUUUUGAUGUUGAGUAGUGAGGGUACACUACCUCAACCCAAAGAGCCUUGUUUCUUCACUGAUAGGAGUAUGAUGGAAGCAAGUUCUCCAUCUGGUACUCAAUCCCCCAUCACAGUGUUGGAAGCUCGAUAGAAUAAGAUGUUUCAUGUUAAUGUUUUGUUAUCUCUAGACCUAUGACCAUAUAAGCUUAAAUUUCAUGUCUCAAUUACUUUUAGUAACUCCUCUCAACCUUGAUUCAUCUAAGAUGUUAUUAGGUGAUCAAUAUUUUUU